AUGCCCGGCUGCGACCAGGCAAAGCCCGCAUGCUCCCGCUGCGCGCGCCUCAACCUCGCCUGCAUCGGCUGCGGCCAGCAGCGCUUCAAGUUCAAGGACGAGACGCCCAACCUCAAGGCUGCCGACAAGCAGCUCUCGCGACGGACGCCCGCGGCGUCGAGAGCCGCCUUGGCCAGAGCCGCCUUCGACCCUUCGCGUGCCCUCACCAACCCCACCACCAUCACCGCCAGCGCCUUCAUCUCCGUUCUCGAGAUCACGGACCCCAGCUACGACCUGUUCUGCUAUGGCACCUUCAUGAACGAGAUCCCUCAGCAGCUGGGCCGCCAUGAAGCGCUCGAUGCCUCCGCCGAGGCCCUCGCAAGCUGCUUCAGCUGCGUCCACACGGGCACCGUCUCAACGUUGUCGAUAAGCAAAUACGUGCGAGCUCUCAACUCGGUGCAAAAAUGCUUGCAGAACCCCAAGACCGCGUACUCGGGAGAGACGUUGUGUGCCAUCUACCUCAUUAUGCUGGUCCAGGGCUGGAUCGGCAAAGACGACGACUCCUUUCCCCAACACGGACAGGCAAUGGCUCAUUUGCUUGGCGUCAUCGUCAACCGUGACUUGCACGAGCCGCAAAAUGCGGUUAUGCUCAUCACGCUGACCGUCUCGGUGCUUCUUGAAAGCAUAUUUAAUCCAGACAUCCAGCUCGAGCCAUGGCUGUCCACCCUCGCCGAGGUGCACAGGCCGACUGCUCCCGUACAAAAUGUGGAGGGGGUGGUACUCACCUGUCUCGAGCUGCAGAACAUGUCGCUCAUGACCGAGAUCCUCCGCCGCCCGAUGCAGAACACCUCUCAAAUGAAGACUCUCUAUCAGAUCGUCCGGCUAGAUUUCCCUGGGCUGAAACGGCACCUCCUCGAGGUCAUUGAACCAGCUUGCACCGGACCCCUCGAGAAGCUCCCCUUGGUGCUGGUCCGUCUGCAGACGCGGUACCAGGCGGCGUACUGCUUGCUGCUCUCCAUGGGCAUGACUCUCAACGGCAUGCUGCGUGCCCUCAACCCCUACGACACCCUCCUGGGCGAGGAGAUGGACGUCUACUGCGCCGAGAUGCUGGACCUGGCCGAAAGGGCGAAGCGGCGACGACCGUUUGGGGCCAGCCACAUCCCCCUAGGGUUGCUGUCCGCAUGGGCCGCCAUGGAUGACGAGUCACAGCGGCCGGCCAUCAAGAGCAUGAUUGCCGAAUACGACACGGGAUUUGGCUACGUCAACUGGCAGGCCAAGGCAGAGCUCCUGCGGCCCGCCUACGACACGGUGCGCAAUCGUCUUGCCGCAUCCAAACUCAGCUCGCCAGACCCAGGCGAUAUCUCGGACGAUUCCGGCUGCGCGAUGGAGGAUAUCAAUCUCGGGAUAUCCUACAGCAAGGUCGACGACGUGUGCUGCAUCUUGUAG